UAAGGGGUUGGUGAGUUGAAGAGUGGGAGGGAAACAGAAAAAAACACAGCAGUCCCUCAACAGGAAACCGGACGGAGCCGGGGGAAGAGUGGUUCAGUGAGUCGAUGCGCAAAUGAAAGAAAGAAAAGGCGAGUUUGGAGAAUGCAGAAGCGUUCGUGCUAAUCAGUUUAGCAAAACAUGAACCGUGUCUUCUCGCGAAUGAAAAAAGGAAGCUGUAAAUUCUGAUGUUUGGAUUGUGUUUGGUUUGGAAGAAAUACAGUGAAGGGAAAAGUGCAGUAGCAGCUUCAGACUACUUGUUGAUAGAAGAGAGGUGGCUGGCAAAAUGCAGGGAAUUCCAACAACCGAUCUUUCUUCAUCGUUCCUGCAGUAUUCCUGUGGGUCACUGGACUUGGUGUUAAAUAAGAAAACCUCAUCUUUUUCCAGACCAAGCCACGACAACAACACACGGCAAACCCACAAUCCUUUACCUGCACCCAGGAGGUCAGCACUACAAAAACCUAGAGUACCCCCUAAGCCUUCACAUUUGCUGGUUCUGGGGCAGGACAAGCAGCAACAGCAAAUCCCUCCAGCACCUUGUCGUCCGCUUCCAAUACCUCCACCCAAGCCCAGAGUGCUGACAUCGGACCAGCAUCAACAACCUGCCAAGAGUGUGUGUCUACUCAUUGAAAAGUUUGAAAACGCCAAAACCCCAAUACUGGGAGCCCAAACAAGGAGUUCCAUACAGUUGCAACUAAGAAUGGAGACUUCGACCUCUGAAAUCACAGAGCAACCCCAGUUCAACAAGUCAGAGCUUGAGGACUCUGGAACCGCGUUGCUUAUAGAUGAAAUUCCACUUCAAAAGAAUAUUGAAUUACCCACACUGGAACUUUUACGAAUGGACUGUGCAAAUGACACAGAUGGUCAAGACAAACUUGACCGAGAAUAUCACAGCGGGGAUUUGGACAUAAACCACAGUGAUACAGAACGUUCCAUUAGCAACAUGGAUCACAUUGACUCAGUACAAGAUGCUGGUAAUUUGACAGCACAGGAUACUGAAGUGACAGAAGCUAAUGGAAAGAUACCGAAUCGGGACAGUGGGAUAGACAGCCCGUCCUGCGGAACUGAGGGAGAGGUUUUCCCGAAUGAGGGCGCUAUUGAAGAGGAGGAAAGAAAUGACAGCAUAGAAAUGGAAAUGGAGAGUAUGUCCUGCGUAACCUCUAGCAAUAAAAGAGACUCGACACAGGAUGAAGAUAGUGACUUGGAUGACGGAAGUAGUGAGGAACCAGAGAGCCUAGAAGUCAAGGGUUCACAGUCUGAAUCUCAGAAACUGUUAAACAUUGCUCAAGAACUGCUUCAAACAGAGGAAGCUUACGUCAAAAGACUCAACCUCCUAGACCAGGUGUUCUGUACUAAGUUGACGGAGGCAGGUACCCCUACAGAAGUGAUCAAUGGGAUUUUCUCUAACAUUUCAUCAAUCUACUGCUUCCAUCAUCAGUUCCUGCUGCCAGAAUUACAAAUAAGAAUUACAAAAGAGUGGAGCACCAAUCCCCGAAUAGGUGACAUUCUACAGAAGUUAGCUCCAUUUAUGAAGAUGUAUGGCGAGUAUGUGAAAAACUUUGACCGUGCCAUGGACUUAGUCAACACCUGGAUGCAGAAAUCAACACAGUUCAAAAGUGUGGUGCAAAACAUUCAGAAGCAGGAUGUAUGUGGUAACCUUACGUUGCAGCAUCACAUGUUGGAGCCGGUGCAGCGUAUCCCUCGUUAUGAACUUCUCCUCAAAGACUACCUAAAGAAACUUCUCAGUGAUGCCCAAGAUAGAAAGGACACAGAAAAGGCUCUGGAUUUAAUCUCCACAGCAGCUAACCAUUCUAAUGCAGCUAUCAAAAAGAUGGAGAAGAUGCACAAGCUGUUGGAAGUGUACGAACGGCUGGGUGGUGAAGAGGACAUUGUUAAUCCUGCUAAUGAACUUAUCAAAGAGGGGCAUAUCAAAAAGAUGUCUGCUAAAAAUGGUACAGCCCAGGACAGAUACCUCUACCUGUUUAAUAACAUGUUGCUGUACUGUGUGCCCAAACUGAGACUGAUGGGACAGAAGUUCAGUGUCAGAGAGAGGAUUGAUAUUGCAGGCAUGGAGGUUCAGGAGAAUGUGAAACAGAACCUGCCUCACACAUUUGCCAUCAUGGGCAAACAACGCUCUCUCGAGCUCCAGGCCAGAAGUGCUGAAGAAAAAGAGGAUUGGAUAAAGGUAAUUCUGGCCACCAUAGAUAAGGAAAAACAGAAAAGUGAGACGUUUAAUAAAGCCUUCAACAGCUCCUUGUGCCGUGAUGAUGAACACAUGCCUGACUCACCGGGUCCAUUGUGUAAUGCAGAUUUCGAUGGAGGGGUCAAUGAAAGGAGAAGCUCCAAGAAGCGAGACAAGGAAAAAGAAACAUGUAAAGGCUGCAAUGAGACCUUUCACUUUACCAAACGCAAGCAUCACUGCAAGAACUGUGGAGCAGCUAUCUGUGGUAAAUGCUCCAAAGUGUUGGAAAGUAAGAACAGCCGCAUGUGCAAGCAGUGUUACGAGGUCCUGCAGGGACCUGAAGGAACGCCAGGGGGCAGUGUUGAGCUAAAGAGAAAAGCAGUAGAGAAGCAGCUCUCGUUGACAGGAGAUAAUUGUGUACUGUGCAGUCAGCUUCUGGUUCAGGAGAAAGGGAAGAACUGGACAAAAACCUGUGUCGCCAUAACAAAGGCAGAACCACUUGUGCUUUAUCUACAGACCAGCAGCCAGGAUGUGCGUGGUGCCCGGACGAUCUCUCUACCUGGUUACGAAGUCAGCACAUCAUUGCCACCAUCAGACAAGUCUGAAGGAGGAAAGCACAUGUUCAGGCUCAGCCACUCCCAGCACACAUUGCUCUUCAGUACCCAAGAUUCAGAAUUAAUGGGCAAGUGGGUGGACCUUCUGUCCCAUGCUACGAAAGGACAGGCUUUGGAAAUGUCACUUAGCACAACAGAGCACCGAAAGAGCCAAUGAAAGCUAGAGCAAGGCAAUGGAGUAACUGAACCUUGUUUAAUUGAACUUGUUACUUGAAUUUACAUUUCCCCCAGCACUUUUAUAUUUCUUUGAUAAGUAUUUUCAAUUCUUUUUACUACCUUUAUCUUUUACUUUCCUCUUUUGCAAAAGCACAGGAUGCGAAUGUGCACAUGCACUGUUACAGCAUAUCUGCCGCGGUCGUUCCGGUGUGCGGAUGUGGCCCAAAUGCACUGUUCUUUCUGAGUCAUUUGUAUUGUAUAAUACUGGAUAAGGUUUUUGUGGUUUUAAUGAAAAGCUGAAAGAAUGUUUUUAAAUGAUUUUAAGAUUUCUUUUAAUGGUGUUAUUGUUAAGCAUUAAUUUACCAUUCACAUGUGCUAAAAUAUUUGCUCUGACGUCAAAUUACUUUACACAGUAGUAUUUGUUUCUUGUUUGUCUACACACCAUGUUCUGAUUUGCUACCACACUGGCAAAAGAGGAAGUCAGAUAAACAAAGAUGACACAAAUUCCCAUAUCUAUACAUACAAUCUAAAAUACUGUUUUCUUCUGUGUAUCUACUCAGAUUGUUACUUCAAGUACACACCCAGCCUAUAGGCCUGUCAUAAUGGUGAAAUUCAGCCUGAUGAAGCAUUUACAUAUCUGUACUUGCAAUAAAUCAUGUUAUUGUCUUUGCGCUGUUAAAUGUAUGCCACUUUUUAGUGGAAUUCUAAUGGUAAUAAAGCAUG